AUUUUCAAUCCCAGACCCCCCCCGUCCCCCCCGUCCCCACAGGAGGCCUUUUGGUAGGCCGUCAUUAUAAAUAAGAAUUUGUAAUUAAAUGACUUGUCUCGUUAAAUUAAAUAUCUACCACAAUAGAGGUGUAACCCCGAUCGUCCAUCGUUGGUUUUUGAGUAUUAUCACUGCAGCACCAAAUAUGUUCCAAUCAACACUGAUGACGUCAAAAAGGGUAAAAUCUCACUAAUCAGCAUUUUCAUUAUGACUAAUCGUUUCAUUGUUGUACUUAGGGCGUUUUUUUUCUCUCUCUCUUUAUAUUCACUUUGCAUAUUUUCCGUUGUUAUUGGAACCUAUUUCAGCAGAAUAGUGAACUGUAUAGGCUACUCGACUGGGUGGUUUUGGGAUUACUGGUACUGAGGUACAUAUGGGCUUUCUAUGGCAUAUGUAUCAGAGCACCAUCUCAAACUCUUUCCGAAACACUUGGUUAUAUAAAACACUGACAAGAUUAUUUUUGGAGGAACAUUUCUUCUCGUCAUCAUGAGUCUCAGCCUGUUGACAUUUCUCUGUCUCGGUCUUUACCUCCCAGUGUGGAAUGCGCUGAGGGUCACCCAGCCGUACCGUGUGGUCGGUUUUCGUGGUGAGGUGGAGCUGUUCUGCUCCUACCACCACACAGGGAGACAUGAACCGGAGGAGCUAAGGGUCACACUGUACCGGGGGGUGUACAGGGAGGGGAAGCAGGAGGUGUGCACCUCCUCCUUCACCCACAACCAGACAUCCUUCCAGGUGGAGGGAGUGGGGGAGGUGCGUUGUCGGGGCCAGUUAGGGCCAGGCAGGGUGAACCUGACUAUUUCUGGUCUCCGGGGUAACGACACUGACCUGUACUACUGUGGCAUAGAGGUCAUGUACCCUCCGCCAUACCUCAGGAGGUUUGGAAAUGGUACUCUUCUCUUCAUACCAGAGGAACCAGGCUGCUCGUUGCCAGAGGCCCAGAGAACAAGUGACAUGGGAGAAACGUCAGUCCGACUAGCUCUAGCAGGACUGGUCGCAGCCAACAUACUGAUGGUCAUCUCUGUUGUCACCUUUCUCCUUUACCAGGGUCUACAGAGGAAAAGAAGGUUUGGAGGAAUAACACAGAUGAUUUCACAGAAUGAUGGAAGAUUUGGUUACGGAAACUUCCAAUGAAGAAUUUUCAUCAAUUGUCUGCAUCACCUCCAACCCCCCAUAUAUUUUUUUUGCAAAUAUAUACAAACAUACAUACUGUACAUACAUACAUACAUACAUACAUACAUACAUACAUACAUACAUACAUACAUACA